CAGGCUCAGUUAAUUGUCAUACAGUGCACCAGGAGAGAGCAGCUAAGGAUAACCGCGAUAGACCUAUCAUAUUGUCAGUAUUUUUCCGAAGCGAAGGAAGCCAAGGAGCAGGAUGAUCUAGCCGCGGAAUCUAAAGACAAAACCACGAAUGUAAUUCCGUUACAUUCGUCAUCGAGCGCGCGCAAAGCCCGCUGAGUUUUUCGCCUCGACACCCGUCUCCUCUUUGAGAGAUACGUUCCCAUGCGAUUCUUCAGACUCACAUUCAAGUGUUUCGUAGAUUGUUUUUGAAGGUGCUCUCAAAUUCGGUGUUUUUCUUUGGGGGCAAGUGUCCUUUAUUUUUAUACACCUCAAAUGUAAUAAACAUUUAAUUCUGAUCACCGUCUCGUCGUUGCGCGUUUGACAUUGCUAUACGAUAAUAGAGAUACAAAUUAUAACUAUUCAAGUGACUUAUCAUACCCUUAAAUAAAAAAAGGUGUAAAAAAUCAUAUCCUAUUCCCAUAGGAUUGCCAGAAGAAGAACAAAGGACCAUCUUGGGGUCCAGGGAAAUCGACCCGAACGAAUAAAAGCUUAAGAACGCUGUAUCUAUUGUCCUGAAUCGUCACGAUCUUUCCACUGGUUUCCUCCUCAGUGUUAGUGGGAAAUUGAGGGUGCAUUGUUUACAAGAGCGUAAUUGGCAUGGAGAAACCUGCAUUCGAAACUGACUGCUGUGCUGUGAACGUGGUCCUCGGGGAGGAGAAAAAGGGUCACCUCAUUCCGAACGGAAACGGGCACCAAGCUGGCGUGAACGGAAGCCUCAUUGGUGGAACUGACGGGGCAGGAUGCGGAGCCACACCUGGCACGAUGUCGUCAGUGGAGAAGCCAGUGCCAGGGUAUCCCGAACGAGAGCAAUGGACCAGACAGAUGGAUUUUAUCAUGUCCUGCGUCGGCUUCGCUGUAGGGCUGGGAAACGUCUGGCGCUUCCCUUACCUAUGCUACAAAAAUGGUGGAGGAGUGUUUCUGAUUCCCUACCUCAUUAUUGGGGUUGUUGGGGGAAUUCCUAUAUUCUUCCUGGAGAUUGCAUUGGGACAGUUUAUGAAGGCUGGCAGCAUCAACGUGUGGAACAUCGCACCUCUAUUUAAAGGACUGGGGUAUGCCUCCAUGGUGAUAGUGUUCUUCUGUAACACCUACUACAUCAUGGUCCUGGCCUGGGCCUUCUACUAUUUCAUCAAGUCCUUCAACGCUACCCUGCCCUGGUCCACCUGUGACAACCCCUGGAACACGCCCAGCUGCAUCGAGAUCUUUCACCAUGAAGACUGCCUGAAUGGCACCAUUGGCAACACUACCUAUGGCAACAUGACAUGUGAGGAGCUGGCAGAUGGGCGUUCUCCCAUUAUUGAAUUCUGGGAGAACAAGGUGCUGAACAUCUCACAAGGGCUGGACUACCCAGGAUCCAUCAACUGGGAGCUGUUGCUGUGCCUGGCAGCGGUCUGGGUGAUGGUGUACUUUUGUGUGUGGAAGGGGGUGAAGUCCACAGGCAAGAUUGUGUAUUUUACUGCCACGUUCCCCUACGUCGUCCUGAUCAUCCUCCUUGUGAGAGGGGUGACUCUUCCUGGUGCCUACGAUGGAAUCAUGUACUACAUCAAGCCUGACUGGUCCAAGCUUGGCGAGGCGCAGGUGUGGAUUGAUGCUGGCACACAAAUCUUCUUCUCUUAUGCUAUUGGGCUUGGAGCUCUCACUGCCCUGGGCAGCUACAACAGAUUCAACAAUGACUGCUACAAGGAUGCCUUCAUGCUAGCUCUAAUCAACAGUGGCACCAGUUUCUUUGCUGGCUUUGUGGUGUUCGCCAUUCUAGGCUUCAUGGCAAACGAGCAGGGAGUGGACAUCUCCCAAGUGGCUGAAACAGGUCCUGGCUUGGCCUUUAUUGCGUAUCCUAAAGCUGUGACUCUGAUGCCAAUGCCCCCGGUCUGGGCUGCUCUCUUCUUCUUUAUGCUGCUCGUACUGGGUCUUGACAGUCAGUUUGUUGGAGUGGAAGGUUUUGUAACUGGGAUUCUAGAUCUCUUUCCUGGAAAGUAUUACAUGCGCUAUAAGCGUGAAAUCUCUGUGGCAAUCUGCUGUUUAAUGUGCUUUAUUAUAGAUCUCUCCAUGGUUACACAGGGAGGGAUGUAUGUCUUCCAGCUUUUUGAUUAUUACUCUGCCAGCGGUAUGACCCUGUUAUGGCAAGCAUUCUGGGAAUGCAUAGUUGUCAGCUGGGUCUACGGUGCUGACAGGUUCAUGGAUGACAUUGCUCGUAUGAUUGGUUACCGGCCUUUUCCUUGGAUGAAGUGGUGCUGGUCGUUUAUUACUCCAUGUGUUUGCAUGGGUAUCUUCCUAUUUCACCUGUUCAACUACAAGCCUCUUACCUACAACAAUACGUAUGUGUACCCAUGGUGGGGCGAGGUGAUUGGUUGGUGUAUGGCUCUGAUGUCCAUGCUCUGUAUCCCUGUCAGCGUGCUGUACAAGCUUUGCAGGGCCACGGGAACCUUCAAGGAGCGUUGGGAGAAGCUGACCAAACCACAAUGGGGUCCCCAUCACCUUGAAUACAUGGCGCCUGAUACUGACAUCAAGAGCCUGGCCUCCCUCUCUGCCAGCACAGAAGACAACAAGGUUAUCAUCUUUGAAAGUGGUAUGUAGGCUAUAGCCUACAGGAAAGCCUUUGACAACACUCUAAACGCCAGAUGAUUCUGGAUCUUGGCCUAACCAUGAUAAUUUAUGUAAUAAUUGAUGUAUUCAUUUGAGUUAAUGACACAGUCAAAAAGGAUUCACCUGGUAUUUAUGUGCAAUUAAUUAGAGGAUGCAGAUAAUGUACACAGACGGUUCUCUGAACCAAUACAAAAUCAAUUCACAACCGUCUAUUGGACGGUCGAUAAUCUUCACCCGGGAUGUUGAUAAUCAAUGUCCUGAUUGGUCCAUUCUAUAACCUGGUGCCGUGUAGUCUUUGGGGGGGGGUUGAUCUGAUACCCAAACUGACCCUCCCUGUCUGUGACUCCAUCAGGCCAGAGCCAUAGUCUACCAAUGUGUAGCCCACCACCUCACCCAGUAUGGCAGAAUUUUUACAGGCUAUCUUUAAGACUGAUAUGGAAUUCCUUGAAAUUACACAUUACUGCAAGACCAAUCAUGUGGUACGGAGGGUUUGUAUAUCAACCGGUGUAGUUCUCCUUUAUUAGAAAUCUUGCAUAAAAAUCUAUUUGGCUAAUUUGAUUCAUGAAAAUAUAUGUAUUACACAUUGAGAGUCAGAAUUUCAGGGUAAGGUCUACAACACCUGUUGUAUUCGGCGCAUGUGACAAAUAAAGUUUGAUUUGAUUUGAGAUAUGAAUAUAUAAUCAAAAGCAUUAGUUCAAUUGAUAUUAUAUUAUAUACUGUAUAAUACGCUACAGUUUGUCGAUUUGGCUGAGUUGAUAUAUAAAAUACAGCAUUUUUUCCAAUUGACUUCAAUAUUCUGGCUUCUUUAGGCCCCUGAAGUUACGUAGUUGCCAAACUGUCAAAAUGACCAUCUUUGAUCAUUGAGCUUGUGUAAUGUGUCUUUCAUGGCGACAAUAGUCCUCAGAACUUUAGACAUAAACUAAAGAUUGAUUCAGUGCCAAAGUGGAGCAUACUUGUCAUUCUCUUGUUAUUGAUAGAGAAUGGUUUUGGUUGCCAUAUACACUAUCUAUUUUUAUUUGCCUAGAUCAGUCUGAUAUAUAUUGUGUCUUCCGAUUUAACUGUCUGAUGUUUGGGAACAUCUUGAAAGCAAACAAUGCAGCUCUUACUCAUGAAGCAGUUUAGAUGCCUUGAAAAAUUGUCAUUGAUAAGUGUGUCUACAGAUCAACAAUAAUCACUAAAUUUAACUGUUCUGUAAGAUCUAAGAUCGCUCUUCUCUAAUUCAAAAAAGGUGGCUGGCUGAUAUAUUGCACGUAAUGGCCAUUAAAAACAAAUAAUUCAAUACUUAACUCUGUGGCAUUAACUUGCAAAAUGAUCACUUGGCCAAGUGGUAAGGAUAUAAGGAUUUACCUCAUAUUUCAACCAACCUAUUGUUACAAAGACAAGUACAUCUCUGCAGCAUGUAGGAGGACAGUAUUUGGAUCUAACUACAACAUUGCCACAACAAGUAGCUGCUGUGCCAUUUGCCAUUGACUGGAACAGGGUGAUGAGUAACUAACUGUAAGGUGUUAUAUCAUGAGUUUAACUCUGAGUAUUACACACACAGUAUUAAUGUUGCAGCCGUACAGGAGCUGGACACGUAGAUCAUUGCCUUAUGUUGUUUGUCUUAAAUCUAGAGCCCAUAUGUGAACUCUGACUAGCCAUAUUUUUACCUGGUCCUCUGAGGAACAGUCUUGAAGAUAACCAAAUGGGAAUUCUGCCAUUUACCAUGAUAUGGAUAACAUAUGAUUUAUUUCGAUAUUGAAAAGAUCAUUAGAAUGUAAAAUAUAUUAAAUAAUGCAAUGCUAAAAACUACAUUUGCACAUUGUAAAAUAUCUCGCUAGCACUUUUUUUUAAAUCGUGUUAGAAUAACAAUUUUUGUUUUGUUUUACAUAUUGUAAAAUAAAUCAGAGAUUUUAUUUUGUGAAGGCUUUUAUUUUGCUUAUACAUACAGUAUAAAAAAAAUAUAUUGAAUAUCUUGUAUGUUAUAUUUAAAAAAGUUUGAUGCAGUAUGUAAUUUUGAUGAAGAUUUCUAAGGGGAAGAGCAUGCGCCAUUGAGAUGCUGCGAUGCAGUACUACUUGAAAGGCUUGUGUGAUUCAUAACACACAGAAGGGAUUUUUGGUUUCAAAUAUCAAGUGCUCCAGUGUUAAGUAGCCUAAUAGAUUAUUUGUGUUUUUAAUUACAGUAUUUCCCUCAGACCACCCAGAGCUCAGUUAAACUUUAAUAUUUCUCAGAAAGACCUUCUAAUUUGGUCCACACAACACAGGAGUAUUCAUUUGAUUAAGAAUUAAAAGAUUUUGGAAUAUUUUUUUACUUGGGAUUUCAUCAUUUUCAACAUAUUUCACAUCUGGCUUCAAGUGUAAUUUAUGUUCACUACUUAGAAGCAGUGUGCUCUCAUUUGUAAAAAAAAAAUAUUUCUAUAUCCUCUUUUGUGGCAGAAACUAUUUGACAAGAAACUAAACUCUCUUUCUGUAAAUGCCUAUUGACUGUCUGCCAUGGUCCUCCUACACUCAACCUGGCAUAUAGAAAAUACUCUAAUGCUCUCCCACCUUUCAAAAUUGAAAACCACAUGGUAAAAGUGGUGGUUUUGGUUCUUUGUUAUGAAACUUUGAGACAGAACAAACAUUCCCUCCUAAAUGUAGUGCUAGAACUAAAUGCGCCUUUCAUACUGUUGGUCUAUGGACAAAUGUAAGGAUGAGGACACAAGGCAAGUUUUAUAGCAAGGCUAUGGUAACAUAAAUGUUAAGUUAGGAAUCUUUUUUAACAACUUUUUUUACAUUGGCUUUCCUUAUAAUACUCCUAGAUUACAGCCUGGGUCGGUCAAAAGGUGAAACAUUUAAAUGUAGUCAUUAAAUGUAGAAAAUCGAAAUGAAAUAUACAUAAGCAAAAUCAUAUGUAUGGUGUCAUCUUUUGCGCUCUGCCAAAUUGUUCUUGACAGUAUCUUUAAUCCAAAGUAUGACUCACAAAGGGGAAAUGUUGAAUUGAUAAUGAAAGCUUUGUGGAUCUAUUCCAUAUCAUACAAAAUGGUAAAAAAUGUAAUAGAUAUGAAAAAAAGACUCAUUCCCCAUUGUUGAAUAUGAUUUGUUUAUUUUAAAAUCGACAUUGUCUUUUAAAAUGUUCUGUUUAUUUUCAUAAACUAUACAGACCAAUUACCAUGGUUACCAUGGAAUAUGUUGUACUGUAAUUAUUGUAUACAGUGCAUUAAACUGGAAUAUCCAUAAUUAACUGAUAAAGACUAACGCUCACCAACUAUGCAAAGCUGUAAAGAAACACUUGUUGCGACAGUUGACAGUUGAAUAGUUCUUAUGGCAUCUGCUGCAUGAUUGACAGUGAACAGAUAGUCGUCCAAAUGGGGCUACAACUCUCCCCUACACAGCUAUCGUUCUUCCUCAUCCCCUCUCUUUUUCCAGGAUGUCAUUUUGAGUUUUGUUUUCACAAGUCCUACACAAAGGCAUGGAAAGAAGGGUACAAUCAAGCCUGAGAAAACGGCAUUUCAUCAUCCACUGAGUACUUUGGCAAAGGAUAGUGUCUUGAAAAAGAUAUAGUAACACUGUUGACUUCAUCUAACUGUUAUUGUACUCUGUAUCAUGUAAGAUUUAACAUCAGUCUUCCAUUCAUAACAUAGAAUAGUGAUAAAGAGAUGACUGUAAACCUAUGUUGACAUCAAGUGUUCCAUCAACCUUGUCCCUCACAAUUUAUGAAGGGAUUCAUGCUUAAUACCACUGUGAUUCUGUGCUAAAAAUCCACUCGCCCUAUUCAAAAUAACAAAAUGGCAAUAAAACUUACUUCAAUAAAAA